UAGAGAUGAUGCCAGGUGGUUAAUAAAUCCUAUAGUCCAACUUGAUUCCUAGAAAGAAGCUGGAUUCAUUUGAUACCAGAGAAAUGAAGUUUCAGGAGACUAGAUUGGCGUCUUAUUUCUUUCCCAGCCUGGAACUCUCAGGAGCUGUCCUGGAUAUACAAUAGAUAAUAACAGCAUUUUUGGUUUAUGGUAAGGGUUUUUUUUGGCUAACAGUGUUGUAUUCAUUCACUAAGAGGGAUUACAAAUGCCAUUAUCUUUCUUUUUAAAAUAUUUAUUUACUUUAUUUAAUUAAAAAAAUUUUUUACCAUCAUUAUUUUUUUGGCUGCAUCAGGUCUUCAUUGUGGCGUAUGGAUUUCUCUCUAGUUGUGGCAUGCAGGUUUUCCCUGUUUAGUUGUGGCGCAAGGGCUCCAGAGUGCAUGCGCUCUGUAGUUUGUAGCACGUGGGCUUAGGUGCCCCGCUGCAUGUGGAAUGCUAGUUCCCUAACCAGGGAUCGCACCCAUGUCCCUUGCAUUGGAAGGCAGAUUCUUUACCACUGGACCACGAGGGAAGUCCCCAAACACCAUGAUCUUAUACAGGUAUCAUUUUGGGGAAAAUCUAUUCCCUGCUUCUGACGUUUAUCACAAAUUAGUCAUCGCCUUCAAGGUCUGUGUCAAUAGACCAUCAACCUUUGUGACGUCCAGCUCAGCAUCAGCCCGUUUCAGGUGUAGCUAUGGUAAGGCUUAUGUUGAAAUGCUUAUGGUAAGUCAUAUGAUGUACAUAUGAAUCUGAGAACUCAGCUUAGUGGCUUCAUGGCUAGCUGCUAAGGUGCUACAAAUUUUACUUUUUAAAAAGUCAACUAAAGGUGUUGAGUGGUAGCUUAGCACAGUAGUUAUACAUGGCUUCUGGGUUCAAACCCAUUCUCUAUCACUUAAGCUGCUGUGUAACUUUGGUAAGUAUCUUAACAUCUCAGUGUCUUAGGGGUCUUUAUAUCUUAGAAGGUGAUAAUAAUAGUACCUGACUCAAAGGAAUAAUACUUGACUUGGAAGGUUAAAUAAGAUGAUAAAUGUGUGGGGCUUAGAUGUUAGCUAUUUUAUCACGAGAGUCCAUGUGUAUAUUCAUCUUAGACUUUGUACUACCUGGCAAUUUCUGAUAUCUGCCUAAUAGGUUAUCAGAAAUUCUUUGUUUUUAUUGCUGAUGUGCAUCUUUCUGCCAGUUGGUCUAUCCCUCAAUAUCUUUACCACUAGUAUACGAAGCCUAAUUAAGUUCUAGAAUUAGGCAAAGUAUGGUAGCAAGGUGUAUAGUGUAUAUCCCUACAUAAUUGUUCCAACAACAUUUGUUCAAACAACAUUAAUUAAUCUUGUUUUGGGCACUAAUUUAUUUAUCAUUUAAUUUCUCUUUUUGUCUAUCAAGCUGGACCAGUUGAUACUUAAUGGUUCUAGUUCUUGACUUUAGAUGUAGUGAUUGUAGUGAUGUUUCUUAAAACAUUUAUUAAAAUGUCUAUUAAAAUGAUUAGAGAUAAUAUUUGAUGGCUGUUCCUCUCACUGCUUGGAACCUUAAGUAGUGGGAUUUUAGUCCAUCAUAUAUCUAAGCUGACUUGUCUUCACUCAGAGCACCAUGGGGAUGGGCUGGCUGUCCUUUAGUGCCUUCUGAUUUUUGCGGAGUCAAACAAUUGCAAAGCAGGCAGUGAUUGUAGAUUAAGAAAGUAUAUCUGUAAUUAAAAAAACCCCACUAAUUUUAAAACAUGAGGAUCUAAUGUAUAGAGAACACUUUGAUUGCAAUAGCAUUUGAAUAGCACUGAUCUAGGGCUAUGAAAGAGAGAAGAGCUCUAGUCAGUUGAUUCUGGGAGUUAUUGUAACAUUAUACUCUGAAGUCAUUCAUUUAUAAAUUUUAAAUGGUUUACUCAAUUUUCUAUUGAGUAGUUAUUCACACAUUUCAGGUCAGUAUUAAAUAUCUGUUUCUUUGCAGCAUGAAGGUAGAUGAUUCUUCAAAUUAAAGAUGGACCUGACUUUUCUCACCAGAAAUGGUUUAUAGAAUCAACUUGCAAAAAUGUAAGGGGCAGCAAAAAAAUAAAAUAAAAUAUUUUCUUCUAUUAUUCUUUGAUUCUUUGCUAGAUUGUAAACUCCAUGAAAGCAGGAUAAUUUGCCUGUCAUGCCUGGCCCAGAAUAGAUACUCAAAAAAUAUUUGAAGUUAAUUAAAAUCUCCAUAGAAUUUUUUUUUGAAUCCCUGGAUAAUAACAACCAUUUUAAUGGCAUUUCAGCAAGACAUUUACAUGGAAUAACUGGCACUUAAAUUUUGACUCUGAUAUAUAAACUAUCUGGAUACCAAUGAGUCUGCUUAAUGUCUGAUUAUGAUGCUUGAUCCUUUAAGAGGCAAUGAAGAAUGGCUGCCAAAACAACCUGUGUAUGUGAGGAAUAGAUAUAUAAAAGCUUACUAAUACUUAACAGGAAAUCUAUUAUGUACAUUUUAUUUAUAGCCUUAUUGGAUAUUUUUCAUUGAUUUAAAUUGCACAUACCAAUUGGCUAUGAUUAAAAAGUCUUUUUUUCUUUAUAUUUAAUGUUGAAAUGUUCUCAAUUGUUUUUGGCUAAAUUAUACUUCACAGAUUUUUUUGCCCUGUAUACUUUAUUUACAUCCAUGAGGGUAUAUUUAACAUGCAAGGGGUACAAGAUACACACCCAAAUAUUGGAAGUUUGUUAUACUUCACUGUUUUUUUAAAAAAAUUAAUUAAUUAAUUAAUUGGCUGUGUUGGGUCUUCAUUGCUGCACACGGGCUUUGUCUAGUUGCAGCAAGCGGGGGCUAUAGGCUACUCUUCGUUGUGGUGUGCUGGCUCCCUAUGGCCGUGGCUUCUCUUGUUACGGAGCAUGGGCUCUAGGUGCGUGGGCUUCAGUAGUUGUGGCACACGGGCUCAAUAGCUGUGGCGCACGGGUUUGGUUGCUCCGUGGCAUGUGGUAUCUUCCUGGAACAGGGAUUGAGCCCGUGUCCCUUGCAUUAGUAGGUGGCUUCUUAACCACUGUGCCACCUAGGAAGUCCCCUUCACUCUGUUUUGGAAUGAGAUUUAAUACUCAUGCUUAUGAGGGAAUCACACAAAUGGUAGGCAACUAUAAUAAUUUCUGUUAGAAUAUGCAACCUAUUGUUUAGAUUAAGAUUCUUCUUAAUAAAUAAAAGAGUAUAAAAUUAGUUUUCGAGUAGAUGAUACUGACAGUCAGAUUCAAAGAUAAUAGGGGGCAAGAUUAUUAUCUCUGAAGCUCUUAGAGAAAUGUGGUAUAUAAAUACUUAUAGCCAGUAUGUACUUAGAAUAUCUAAAUGAGAUCAAAAUCAAACUUCGUGCUAAAAAUACCAUUUUGAAAGGUAAAGUAACUUGCAGUUAAAUGGUAUAAGUGAUAUGUAAGCACAUACUGUGAUUUCACAGUUUAUCCAGAUUUCUUAGGAAGAAUGGAUUAAAGAUCUAUAAAUGAAGUGCAAAACUUUAAACCUAUAGAAAAGCAAAGACUAUGACAUUAGAGUAGACAUAAAGCACAAAAAGGAAAGACUGAUAAAUUUGUGUACACUAAAAUUCAAACUUAUGUUGGCAUAUCAGGUAACUGACAAAGUCUCCAUUUAAAUCAAGAAAAUGAUCAAAGGACAAUUCAUAGAUAAGGAUCCCUGAAAACGAUCACAUGAAAAAAUGCUUUAUUUAACUAGUAAUGAAAGAAUUCCACAUUAAAACAACACAGAUACCAUUUUACUGCUGUCAGAUGGGCAAAAAUGAAAACAAAACAAAACAAAACAACCCCGACACUUAAACAUGUUGCCAAGGCUGGAGUAGUGGGCUCUCGUCUUUGCUGGGGGCAGUGAAAUUUAUGUUACUACUUUGGAGAGUGGUUUGGCAACAUCUAGUUUAUUGGAAGAUGGUUAUACCCAGUCUGUGAGUAUUAUAUUCUAUAAGAAUUCUUGACAUGUAUACUCAAGGAGACAUGUACAGGAAGUUCACUGCAGUAAUAUUUUUAAUUGUAAAAGCCUGGAACCAAUAUCUAUUAGAAGAAUGAAUAAAUAAAUUGUUCUGUAGCAUUUUGCUAUUAAAAUGAAUUAAUAUAAGGUAUGUAUAUUAACUUUACAGCUUAAAAACAAUGAAUUAAAAAAAGGCCAACUGAUAUGUGUUGUGUGAGAAGAUUUAGUAGUUUUAGAACAUGCAAAACAAAGUUUGAUGUAUAUACGUAUAUUAAAAGUACAGGGCUUCCUAGGUGGCGCAGUGGUUAAGAAUCCGCCUGCCAAUGCAGAGGUCACGGGUUCGAUCCCAGCUCCAGGAAGAUCCCACAUGCCGCGGAGCAACUAAGCCCGUGUGCCAAAAAAAAAAAAAGUACAAAAGCAUGCAUGAGAAAGAUAAAUACCAAAAUCUGGCUUGUUUACCUCCAAAGAGGUAAGAGGAAAAUGGAUUGAGGUAUACACAGAGGAAGCUUCAAUUGUGUCUGUAAUUUGUUACCUCAUUAAAAAAUAUCAAAUGUGAGAAAGGUUUGUGUUUAUUAAAGCUGAGUGGUGGUCAUUCUCUGCAAAUUUUGGUAUGCUUGAUAUUUAAAUAUAAAAACCAAUAUUUUAAAAAGCUUUUUUUGGUGAGUGGGUCUCUGUAUCCCAGCCUUGAUUGAUUUCAGUGGUCUUAUCCCCCAGGAACACCUUAGAAAUGAGCCAUUGCAGGCUUUGUCUAUGCCAUGAGCGAACAAAACACAUGCCACCAAGAAAUAGGUCAAUUCCUGGUGUCCCAGUCUACUGGGUUAUUAAGACUUUGUAGCUCCUCCCCUUUUCUCCUAUGUGGCAAAACGUUCUCCCGCCUUCCCCAGUGUGUGUGUGUGUGUGUGUGUGUGUGUGUGUGUAUUUCAUACAGGCUUUUAGCUAAAUGGGUUGGAAAUUGGAAACUGAUUUAGAGAGAAAAUGGUAUGGGUAACACUAAAGUUUGGGAAAUCAGUAUCAUUGGGGAAUCAAUGAUAUUGAUGAAGAAGCAGGAAGGGAUCAUAUUGCAGCACAAAGGUAACUUGGCUAGAAUUAUAAAGUUAGGUACUGGUUGAAUCUGAAUGCUUUGUUUUUAUAUCUUGAAAUGAGAUUAUACCUUUUUAUUGUGCUUUAAUAUUUCUGCACUUGGCAUAGUUAAAACCAGAAAAUGCACAAGUCUCAGAUAACCAAAACAUGUUAGGGAUUACAUGGUUUACUCGUGAACCAUUAAUUUUCUUCAAACCUAUUUUGCAGAAUAGAAUUGAGUUUGUAUUCUAAACUCUCAGAAGACAUUUUAGGAAAAGUAUAAAAUGACCCUGAUUACUAUGAACCAGUUGCAAAUAGACAAAUGAGCAGGAAGUUGUUUAAUUAUGAUAGGUUUUUGUUUGAAGGAGAAAGGUUUAGUAUACAGAUUCACAACCCAUAAAGGGGUUUUCAAGGCUUAGUGUCCAUUGUGAUACUGAUUUAUGGGAUUGUUUCUGUUACUAGUUCAAACUGGUUUCACAUCAUCUGGAAAGGUGGCAACAAAAGACGGCAUUAAGGCAUAUAUUCUGAGGACCCCCUCAAGCUCAGCUUAAUUUCUAAUAUGAAUUCUAAUAGACUCAUAGAUUGAGCAGAAAGUCAUACGGUAAGUUCAGAACAGAAAAAGUGACAGAUAACAGCAUUUGGAUAAAGCCAGUACAGAUAUUUAAACAAUUACAAGCAGGUCCAGGAAAGCACACAGGCAGAUGACCUCAAAAAGGCUGUGACACCUGAUCCUAUUGCUUCGUUCCAAGAGCUGUAAUGAAUGUUCAUAAUGCAGACUCUAAAUCAAGAAAAGUUCUUUAAAUGUAUAUAGAGGAUGUGUAAAAGCUGGAAAGAUGUGUAUUUCAAGAUGGCUAAAAAAAUGGCAGAAUCUACCUCAACAGAGGUGUUAGGUGUCAAAUUAUAGAUAUACCUAGCGCCCAGCCGGUACUCCCCAAAUUUUCCCAGGACAGACACCUGCGGGUACUCAGAGGCUGUUAGCUUCUCAACUGUACCACCUCAAAUGUUAGGCCCAUGACAGCUAGGAUGUCAGUUGAGGGCUGAAAAGGGCACACGUUGACAGUACUUGCCGGAGUCUCAAGUGGGAAACCUAGGCCAGGCUCUGUCAGAUUCGCGCUUUGGGAUGCGCGUGCCCAGAGAUGCACCGCCCAUACUCUAGGUGCCACAGCCCACAGGGUCCCAGGAUCCUGAGCGGCGGGGACCCCGGCGCCUACCACCCGGCAGGCCCCGGGGCGAGUCCGCGCAUGCGCCCUCAGACAGCGGCGCCGCCCACGGCGACUCCUCACUCACUGUGGAGCUGAGGAGAAAACGGCGUUUUCCCGCGGGUUUUCUGGGCGCCUCAGGAUUCUUUUCAGCAUCUGGAGACCUUAUUAUCUAUUAUGUCUUUGUGUGAAGACAUGCUGCUUUGUAAUUAUCGCAAGUGUCGCAUCAAACUCUCUGGUUAUGCAUGGGUCACUGCCUGCUCUCAUAUAUUCUGUGAUCAGCAUGGCAGUGGUGAGUUUAGUCGUUCACCAGCUAUCUGCCCUGCCUGUAACAGUACUCUUUCUGGAAAGCUAGAUAUUGUCCGUACAGAACUCAGUCCCUCAGAGGAAUAUAAAGCCAUGGUAUUGGCGGGACUUCGACCAGAGAUUGUGUUGGACAUUAGCUCCCGAGCACUGGCCUUCUGGACAUAUCAGGUACACCAAGAACGUCUCUAUCAAGAAUACAAUUUCAGCAAGGCUGAGGGCCAUCUGAAACAGAUGGAGAAGAUAUAUACUCAGCAAAUACAGAGCAAGGAUGUAGAAUUGACCUCUAUGAAAGGGGAGGUCACCUCCAUGAAGAAAGUGCUGGAAGAAUACAAGAAAAAGUUCAGUGACAUCUCUGAGAAACUUAUGGAGAGAAAUCGCCAGUAUCAAAAGCUCCAAGGCCUCUAUGAUAGCCUUAGGCUACGAAAUCUCACUAUUGCUAACCAAGAUGGUACCCUUGAACCAUCUAUGAUUGCACAAUCUGGUGUUUUUGGCUUCUCAUUAGGGAACAACUCCAAGUUUCCUUUGGACAGUACACCAGUUCGAAAUCGGGGUGGUGGAGAUGGAGAUUUUCAGUUCAGACCAUUUUUUGUGGGUUCUCCCACAGCACCUGAACCCACCAACAACUUUUUUAGUUUUGCCUCCCCAAGUAAUGAAUUAGAGCAACAGCAAGUCUCUAGCAGGGCCUUUAAAGUAAAAAGAAUUUAGUUCAUCUUACAGAAUGUUUCUCUGUUCACUUUCAGUGAUUUUAUUUAGUAAAUAAUCUUUGUUUCAGAUAGAAGUCACCAACCUCCCUGUGUUUGUAUUGAGUCUUUGAAGUUGUCUUCACGUUUUCAAUUUAUAAGAGAUUCAGUGGCAGUGGGGGCGUGGCUUUCAGGUUUCCUUUUCUGUUUCUGUUAUUUAAGGCAUAAGCAUUUCAUUAAACUCAAUUUUAGCGUGAACUGUUGAGUUUUCACUGGUAGUUUCACUGGUAUUGUUGGAUGUUUUGUAGAUCACCAUUUGUUUCUGUCUGGGCUAUUUCUGACUGAGCCAUGUUUUUAAGCAUACUAUAUAAGCACCUGUAUUAUAUGUCUACAUGUCACUUUGGGUUGUGGUAUUUAUACAUACAUGUAUAUGUAUAUUCCUUUGCAUUGUAUAUACUUAAUGUAUUUGCCCUUGUAUUAACUUGUUUGGAGGUGUGCUUAUGUCCGUGAAUGAAGGUACAAUUUGAUGUAUGUAUGUUUAGUUCUUAUUUCUAUUUAAAAGUAAUCCACAUUGAUAAAAUUAUUUUGUAAAGUUAACUUUUGGCAUUUAUUUUAAAAUAAAAUUACUUCUUUCUUUACUCUUUUGCUA